GAUGGGAUCUCCAGCAUCACCCAUAAUUGCAGAUUUGGUUAUGGAAUCACUGCUCAACGAAAGCUUGCAAAGAUUACAAUCAAAACCAAAGAUACUGACGAAAUACGUGGAUGAUUUGUUUUUAAUUAUAAGGGAAGAUGCAAUACAAGAAACGCUGACAGUACUAAAUAGUUUCAACAAAAACAUUAAAUUUACUUUGGAAGAAGAAUGCGACGGAAAAAUCCCAUAUUUGGACACAUUAGUAAUAAGAAAUGCAGAUAAUACGAUAAAUAUAAAUUGGUAUCAAAAACCUACAGCGUCAGGUAGAAUAAUAAAUUACUACUCUAAACACACAAAACGAACAAUUAUCAAUACAGCGAAAAACUUAAUAAAUAGAGUACUAACAAUAAGCGACGAACAAUUUCAUUUCCAAAACAAAUUAAAAAUAAAAGACAUUCUAAUUAAUAAUAACUUCCCAUUACAUAUAACCAAAUCCCUAAUUGAAAAUUAUUAUAAGAAUAAACAUUCAAGUCGAGAUUCGCAGAAAACAGACCCGCCGAAGAUAUACAAAUCCCUGAUAUAUUUACCGAAUAUAUCAGAAAGAUUGGAAAAGUCAGAAAUAUAUGACAAAAAUAAAUACACAAUAGCACAUAGCUCACAUAACACAACAAAAUCUUUAUUCACAAACAUGAAAAGUAAAAUACCAAAAAUGGACAAACAUAAUGUAGUUUACAAAAUUGAAUGUGGUGGUAACAAGGAAGAAAGUUGCGGAAAACAUUACGUUGGCACAACAAAAAACAAACUAAAAACUAGGAUGUCAGCACACAAAUCAGACAUCAAAUUAAGAAACAAUAAUUCGAUACAAAAAACAGCGUUAGCCGAACACUGUAAACAGUACAACCAUACACCCAAGAUCGAUGACGUGAGAGUGUUACAAACGGAACAUCACUACAACAAGAGACUAACGAUAGAGAUGCUUCACAUCAAUAGUUUAUCAACAACAAAGAGAAUAAACAGCAAAGCAGACACGGACAAUACAGCUUACUGCUACAGGCAUUUAACAAAAAGAGAUCGUGCAAUAUGCAAAUAAUUAUCAGUGCAAUAGUAACACUUGACGGUAGUAGUCACACUACGCUAGUUUUAAGUUUAUUAUUUUAAUUAUUUGCAAAUCACCCUGAAGAUGAAACUCAAAGAGCUUCGAAAUAUUGGAAAAAGAAAAAUAAAUAAUUAAAAAACCAAAAAGUUUGACCUCAAGCUCAAAUAAUUGUU